CCGCCCUGGCUUUCCUCGCCCUCCGCCCCGGCCAGGCCCGGGCCCGGGCCCCGCGCCCGCCAUGGAGAAGACGGAGCUGAUCCAGAAGGCCAAGUUGGCCGAGCGCUACGACGACAUGGCCACCUGCAUGAAGGCCGGGACCAAGCAGGGCGCCGAGCUGUCCAAGGAGGAGCGCAACCUGCUUUCCGUGGCCUACAAGAACGUGGUCGGGGCUGCAGGUCCGCCUGGGGCGUCAUCUGGAGCAUCCAGCAGAAUACCUACACCUCCGACAAGAAGUUGCAGCUGAUUAAGGACUAUCAUACAGUUGCUUUGAGACAACCUAACGCUUUGGACAUCAGACAGUGCAGGAGAAGAAUGUGAUGUUGCAGAAGGGGCUGAAAUCUAAA